CAUGACCAAACAAAUGGCUGCAGUUUUUAGUUACAAUGGAAACCAAUACAGCAGAAAAUGUAGCGCACCCAGAAUACAAUGUGAUUGUGACAGAAAAUGUUUUAGAUCAACAUUAUCAAUACCUCAAAGAUCCUUCAGCCUUUAAAGUUUACAGACAAAGAUGGACAAUUCUAUUUAUAAUUGCAGUUAUAAAUUUUACGAAUGCUUUGGUAAAUAAAAAAAACUAUUUUAAUUUUUCCGUCCAUGGUACAUCAUUGAGAAUCAUUCUCUCAAAAAUUAAAAAUUGAUAAUAUUGUAGAUGUAAGAUAGUUAAGUAAUAUAGUCUAAGAAACUGAGAUAGUCUUAUUUAAGCGGUACACCAUAUUAAGUGUAGCUGAGUGGGGUUAUGUAGCUUACAGUUUAAAUAAAAUCACAAUAAAACAAUCAGGUCUGAGAACUAUAGCUUUUUAAUGUAAGUGUAAGGUACAAUCCGUUGACAGAGCCGACAGGAAAAUCUCUCACACCUGUCGCCGACCCGACGCAUCUGUUCCACACCACAAUCUAAAAGAUGUACACACCUCCUUAACAAAUUGCUCGGCUCCACUCUCACCAGUAAAUCUGGGGAGUUUGGGCAGCCUAUUGGCAACUUGUAUUUGUUCUACGAUUGCUGGCUCCAUUUUUAGUUCUAUAUUUGUCCUUUUUCUUCGAAAAAUCUAAAUUGGAUUCUGAAAAGCUAUCCUCAAUUUGACCCUGCUCGCAGCGCCUAAAAUGUAGCCGAGUGGUGACGAAGCUUACAGUUUAGGUAAAAUCACAAUAAAACAAUCAGGUCUGAGAACUACAGCUUUUUAAUGUAAGGUACAAUCCGUUGACAGAGCCGACAGUAAAAUCUUUCACACAUGCCGCCGACCCGACGCAUUCGUUCCACAACACAAUCUCAAAAGAUGUACGCACCUCAAGUCCAAGUUCAACACACCCCCCCCCCAGUCGCAGGGAACCAGCCUCCCGAGCUGACCCCGGGGCAGGGAUGGUUAUUCCCGCGUGUAAAUAACCAACAUAAAAUUUAAGGCCAGUACACAGCUGUGUGUUACUUUAAAUGACCAUGGAUGUGUACGUGCUUGUGGUUACCCAUAGCAGUCACACUAUGACUAUGAGAGUGGAUUCUCUUAUUCCUAUCUGUUCCAUACUACCGCAUAUAAAAUGUUACCUAAAAGCAGUUGCAAAUAGUGUCACAUUGCCACAUAAGCUAUAUAUAUAGACUAGUUAAGUUAAUUAGACCAUAAUCAUUAUUAUGCCAUUGUCUUAUAACUUAUGUUUAAAUUCAGACUGUACUGUAGAUUCAUCAAAUUCAAAACAUCUAAAAUGACAGACCGAUCUGUAUAAAAAGUGGGUAAAUAUACACAAUCCACACUACCAAAAAUUUAAAAAGUUGUCAGAAAAUCAACACAACAUAAUUUGUCCAAUACUGCAAACAUUUAAAAGUUAAGGAUAAUAAUAAAUAGGGACUUUGGUAUGGCCUGGAAAUACCCGAAAAACGGGUAUAGUAAUUUCGUUGUCAAAAUGGCGACCUCCACUUUUUAAUUUACUGAGGGUAGUGUUGUUUGGAUUUUUUUUUCCUGAAGUUAGUUUUAUUAGUUAAUUCUAAUUCCGCCCUCAAGUUAAAGCAGACAUGUUUGUUGUUCAUUUGACACUUUUCUUUUUAAAAAAAUGUGAUGGUUUGACUUUGAAAAUUGAAGGUAAAUAAAAGCUAAAUUCACUCCAUCAUAUUUUUUGUGUGGAAAACAGACCUUUUUUAAAAAAAUACAACUUUUAGAUGAAUUUAUAAAUUACAACAUAUCCAAAAUUCGUGAGGUUAGGGCCAAUACAUUGGUAAGAUAUCUUCAUAAAAAUUUUUUGUCACAUGUGUCCAAAAAUUACCUUUUUAUCGAUAAAUGACUUUUUUGAAGUAAAUGACUUGAUGUACUUUGGAAAUCCAGCACAUUAGUCAAUAAUAAUUCAUUUUAAAACAAAUUAGCAUAAUUGAAUAGCACCAAUACUUAUUUGUCAUAUGAUCUACUGCUUUUUAAGGAAUUUGAUUAACAUUACAACUUAGACAAUUAAUUAUAUAGUAAAUUAUAAAAGUAUAGUAUUUUUAUUAUUAUUAUAUAUUACCAUAUAUGUAUAUAUUAUAACGUUAUAGUGUUAUUAUAUAUUUAUAUAUGUGUGUGAGUCCCCUGUAACUACUGUGAGCCUAGCAGAGCUAGCCUCAUUCCAACUUAUUAUUGUAGGACCUAUGACAUAUUUUUGUAAAGAUAUUUUUUAUAAAUUAAAAAAAAACUAAAUAAAAAUUAAAAAAAAGAUAUUCUCUUAACUUUGAUAUUGAAAUAUCCUAUAUUCACUCACAAAUCGCAAUAUUUCACAUGAAAAAUAUCAUAUAAUCCUCAGUAUUCUUAAAGAAAUAACACUUUUUGCCACAAUAAUCCAAGAAUUACUUAAGGUAUUACUAAAGAACAAUCAUAAAAACUUAUACUUACAUCAAGUAAAUUACUAGAGCUUAUUUUAUUUUCAAUCAAUUGCCACUUUGAUUCUAUCAAUACAUGUUGAUUUGUGAAACACCUUUACUAACUUAAAAUAAAUGACAUACUAUUUUUUUGUCAUAUUCAGACAUUCAUAUGAUAUGGGACUAAAAUGCAUAUAUAGAAAAUGGUAAAAUAAAAAGUGUAAUCGUCAGUUUUAACUGAAUGAAAAAAAUAAUCCCUUUAUUAUUUUUUUAUACUUAUAAAUGUUAAACAACUCCACAGAAAAUUUGAAAUUAAUGUAUAAAGAAUAUUUUAAUUAUUAUGAUUUUUGGGAAAUUAAAAAAAAAAUAUUUAAACAAAAUUAAAUAAUUAAUUUCAAAUACGUGACGAGUCAGCAUAUUUAUACAUUUUUUUAAAUAGUAAAACAAUACAUUUUUUUCCCCUAAAUUUUUGCGUCAUAUUGACAAAAACUAACUUAUAUUUUGUGGCUUUAUUUAGAAAUAUCUUAUUUAACUAUGUUCCCUGUAAAUAUUAUAUUUUUGUUUCAUUUUAUAAUAAAGUUAUAGGCCUUUAAAAAAGGCAAAAUGAGGGUCACAAAAUGUGGAGGAAAAUCCCAUACCGGUAGUGAAAAAGUGGUUUUGAGGUCUCUACUAAAAACUUCAUAACUUUUUAACCUUUUGAGCUAGAAAGUUGAUCUUGGUGUUUUUGCAAUCUAUUCUCCAGGCUCUAUACAGCUGUAGUAUUUUUAUAUUUUUAAAAAUGUUUUGAAAUUUUAAUCAAAGUGCCUAAUAAUUAACCAACCGAUGAAAUUUUAAUUUAAAACAUUCAAUCACCAUAUUAAACAAAAGUUAACUUUAGUAUUACUAGUAGUAACAACGCAAGAAUAAACAAAAGGGAGAGAAUCCUACACAGACAAAAAUAUUAAAAAAUUAACGAAAAUGUGUAUUGAAUUUAAGGCAUUCUUUAAUAUGAUUAAAUCUUCAAACAUAAUUUACUCCACCCUAACUCGAGCAUAAAUAUUAUAAAAUAUGACCUAACCUGAACCCUACAACCACUAUUCAUGUGGUACAGUUACACACUAUAGUGAAACAAAAUCAUAAAUUUAAAUUAAAAAUUAUUCAAAUAUUCUUCAAAUAAUGAAACCCCAACGUACAUUUGAAUUGGAAACACUUGUAUGCACUUUAUUACAGAUUCCACUAAAAGUAAAAUCAAAAAGACGUCAGAAAAGUCAAUAUCCAUUUUCAUACAACUCCGGCAAAUAACCUUCAUUGGAAAUAUUAUAACUCUGGGUGACAAAGGAAGUAAUAAACCCAGUUGCAGUGCCUUAUAGCAUGUAUGAAAAAAAGUAACAUUUUCAAGCCCCCCAGUUUCACAAGUACUUUUUUGACACCUUUUUUCCCCCCCCCCCCCCUUUGUGUACAAACAACGAGCUUUUGGCCCCCCCCCUUCCCCCCCCCCCCAAAAAAAAAACCACACAACAACUAAAAAAUCAAUUUAUUUAUACACAAUUAUGAUUUCAGAGUAAAUAGAAUGUGUCAACACUGGUUGGUGAGCCAUGUGGUUCGUAAAAUAGGAAUCGUGUCACCCCGGGAUGUUGCAUUGCCCUGGAGCAGGGCCAUUCGAAAGGGGCAAACCUUUAUUUUAAAAAAUGUAAUCUCUAAAAGUGUAUUUGAUAGAAUUUGAUAAUGUGCUUGUGAAAACCUAAAUUUUCAAGGGUACCGAAAGUAACAAAAAUUCUAGGAAGCACUAGCGUGGCCAAAAAAAAUUAACUAAAUAGGUCACGCAAGUGGAACAUACAAAACAGCCAUGCUCAUCCCAUACAUGAUGACAUGCUAUUUCAGCAUUUUUGUUAGCUUGAUGUUGUGCACCAUACUUUAAUCAUGCUUUAUCAUGCACACACUUCCCUUAAAUGUGUGACAUAUUUUAUGAUGGCUUCAAAGGUGAAUGGGGGACUAAACAUUACUGAGUCACAGUAAAUUUCUGUUGCUACCAUACCUCUAGUGUGAUAUCUAGCAUGGUCACUUGUGAAUACACAGAGGAAAGUAUGACUACAAUUACAAAACAUUGCUUCAUAUUUUUGCUUCAUAUUUUUGUAGCAUUAGAGAUAUAAAUAGGCUAUUUAUGACUGUCAGAAUUUCAAGAUAAUUAUUAUUUUUUGUAUGUUAGCAAAUACUCUGUAUUUUUGGUGGGGGUUUUCUUUGGCAUCCCUGUCAGAAUGUUAUAGAAUUUUUAGGAAGAAAUUACAAGGCCCCGGAUUUUUGUUUUUAGGUGAAUAAGCUUGUUCCUUAGUCAGCAAAUUCCCACUCUCCACACAUCUCAAAAAGUCAUUAAUGUGGAUGAUACAGCUUGGCACCAGAAGUAUUUUUGCAGAAGUUGCAGAAUUUUCAUCGCUUGAAUGUUUCACCGGUACCACCUCCAGGACUCUAUCUCCAUUUUUGAAUUCAGUGUUUUCCUUCCCUUAGAUGAGCUGCCAUCCAAUCUCAAAGAGUCCCAUGCACCUGGGUUGUUGAUGAUAUUUUUUUGCUUCUCUGGGUUUUGCUGGGGAUUGAACUCCAAUUCAAAAGUUUGGAAUCUACACAAUUUUGACCACAUAUAUAAUUUAUAAUAAAUCUCCCUUUUCCUUUCCUCUUUUUCUGAUGACAUUUUUUAAAGCUUUUUUUUUUACAGCACUAAAGUUAUUCGACAAACCUGUCAUACAUUCAAUAAAUUUUUUUUUUACCUCAACAGAUAUGGAUUAUGUUUUCACCAGUCACAGACAUGACUUCAAAAUACUAUGGCAUUUCUUUCAUGGAUGUGAACUGGCUUUCACUUGUAUAUCUUGUAGCAUCCAUUCCAUCAGGCUUCUUUGCCUCAUGGAUGCUGGACAGUAUGGGCCUAAGGGCUAGUGUAAGUUAAAUUUUCUGAAUUUUGUACACAUGUGUUAUCAUCCAUGUUAUGAAUUUUUAUCUGGGAAGGGAAUUAGUUUAAUUUAUAUGUAGCCUUUUCCAUUCCGAGGGGUGACUUUGUUACAUCUUUAAUUUUUUCAGCUUUAGUGAUAACUGGUAGUUUAAAAAAGUAAAUCAAUUCUAACAUGUAUUUCAAGAGCCUACACAACAAGCUAUGUAUUAAUCAGCAUUAUGGAAAUGUAGAAAGAGCCUAUACAACUCAAAAAUUAUUUUCUCACUACGGUUAUCUGAUAUUUUGGAUUCACAUCUAAAAAAAAGUGUCUGUAUUAUUUUUGCUAUUGCUGAGGUUUGAUUUCCAGCCAUUGAGUAUGUAUGUCAUGUCCUGGUUGUCGCCUUAGGCACCUAUUUACCCUACUGAUUUGGGUACAUGAUAAUAGAAUAUUAUGCUAGGCAAUACUUCAAUCAAUUUUCGAUUCUAAAGAUAUUUAAACCUACUUCUUGCAAUACCCAGUAUAAUGUUCAUGCUCAUUCAUUAUUCCUUUUUAAUGGAUAUCCACAACUUAAAGGUUUUUUAAAUAAACAUUUUGAUAUAAAUUAACUCUGUAUCUUUAAUAAAUUUAAUUUACUAUUUUUACUCUAAACCCAAAAUCCUGUUGUCAAGAUUUUUUUUAUAUACCCGGUACCGGGUACCUACAGGUACCUUAAACAAAUUAAGGUGCAAAGUUAGGUUAAGAAUUUAAAACUGGAUGAUACCCAGUAGUUUAAUCAAAUUUAUUUUUAAUUAUUAAUACCGUAGCAUCUUUAAUUUAAGUGAACAAAAACUUUUGCUAAAUAAUUUAAUUUGGACACUAAUUAGGGCUUAAAUAUGUUAUUUUAUAUUUGAACUUUUUAUCAUUUCAGAUAAUUUUAGCAGCAUGCUUCAAUUUCAUUGGUUCUGGACUGCGAAACUUGACAGUGUUUAGCUUUAUCCCUUCUCAUAUUCGCUUUCCAUUACUUAUUGGUGGGCAGGUCAUUGCAGCAUGUGGGCAGACAUUCAUUAUGUUCACACCAGCAAAGGUGGCAGCAUUAUGGUUUGGUGAUAAUCAGAGAGCAAUUGCGACAACAAUAGCAAGCAUGUGUAAGUCUCUUCUUUCAAAUGUCUAUUUGAAAUUAAUUCUCAUUGAUUUAAUAAAUCAGUACUGGGUACCAGGAAACUAAAAACUGCUCAUACCGAGGUAUUUAAAAGACUUCUUUAGAUUUAUCUUGAGCAACUGCAAGGAACUGUGUUCUUCUGUUCCUCAUAGUUUUUGAACUAUUACUAUAGUCAGAUUAGUUCCUCAGUUUGCAUAUAUAUUUAUCACUUUUAUAUAUAGUUAUAAAUAAUACUCGAGAUGAUGCAGUUCAAACAGUGACUAUGGUAAUUUUAAUAUCGAUAAUCACAAUAAUAAAUAGGUUUCAUGGAAAUAUGAACAAGCUUGGAAUCGCAUCACAUAAAUUUCAAUUCCUAUUAUACUUCCAUAAUAUAAUUUAUAAUAUUCUUUUACGGUACUUGAAAAUGUUGUUAACAAAAUGUUGAUACAUAAUCAAACAGUCUAAGUUCACUCCAUUAUUAUGCUCUUCUCCCUUUUUAUUAUUACCGGUACCAGUAUUCAAUAAUCCACUCUGAUUGGCCAGUUCCUCUCAAGUCCCAACACUCUGUAAAUUAAUUAUGCACAAUAAUUAUUUAGUACCAGUAUAUUACAUGUCUCCCAUUAUGGAUUCACACAUUCAUAAGAUCUGUGACAGGAACAUGUGGCCAGAAAUUUAAUAAAUUUACUGAUUGACAACUUAAUAUCAACACAUUUUUUUCAGCCAAUCCUUUAGGAAUUUUGGCAGCAAAUAUAUUAUCCCCAGCAUUAGUUAAAAAGGAGGAUGAUCUAAAAAUUAUGGUAAGUCUGUUUUUAAAACAAGUUUUAAAAAGUGGCAGUAUUACAAAAUUAACUGAAAUAUUCUUUUUAAAGAGAUGAUUUUAGUUAAGCAUUUUUAAAUACGUGAACUUAAAGCCAAUUAUAGUAGGUGCUAUUACGAAAAUCAAUUUUUGUAGCAACUAAAAAUAUGUUUUUCUCAAAGUUAUGGCUCUGUAGUGCAGUUAGUCUCACAGGAGUGAUUCUUUCAUUGUGUUUUGUCCGAAGUUCUCUGCCACCCACGCCUCCAAGUCCAAGUGCUGCUGCUCAGUCAGAACCAUUUUUUAUUGGAAUUAAAAAGGUAAAUUGUAUGAAUACUGGUUAUGACUUGCACUACUUCUCAAUGUUUACUUGGAGAAAGAGGUUACGUUUUCAAAUUUUUUUAACUGCAGUUUAAAAAUUGCUGUGUGUGAUGCAUGAUAAUAAUAUUAAUAAUAGGUUUAUUUGAUAUCUAAUUCAGCUGCGUACAAAUUAUCAAUUCUGGUUGUUAGCUUUUUCUAUUGGUGGAGGUCUUGCCCUGUUUACAGCAAACACAACGUUCCUGGAACAGAUUCUAUGUCCACAAAAUUAUGACAAUGUAAGUUACAAGCGACUACUUUUCUUUUGUUUUCAAACAUUAAAAAGUUAUUGUGCUAAAAACUGUGCUAAGAUAUCGGUUAGUUAAUACGUUGUUAGAAAAUGUCAUUUUAAAAAAAAAUUCAGUUCAGGUAUCAGUAUUGAUAUUGUUUGAAACUCCUGGCUUUCUAAGUGAUGUGUGUGUAACCAUCUGAAACCUGUCUCAGGAAGUUGUUAACACCUGUUAUGGAAAAGUAAAAAUCUAACCAUUGGUUUCAUAGAGCAAUUUUACCUUUUUGUCACAAUUAACAUGAAAUUCUGUUAUAUUCAUUUACAUUUCAUAUAAGACGGAUGUAAUUUCUUUUCCUCUGGCAGAAUUUUGCUGGGCUUUGUGGUGCUCUGAUGAUAGCAGCUGGAGCUGUUGGCGCUGUCAUAGCUGGAGUUAUUGCUGACAAAACCAAAAAGUUUUCAGAAGUGACUAAAAUUGGUUUCUGUCUCAGCACAUUGUGUGGUAUAGCAUUUGUUCAGGUACCAGUAAAUAGAAAGCUUGUUAGUUGAUAGGUUACACUAUUUAUUAAUUAGUUUAACAGUCUUCAUGGGACAAUUCUAAUAAUUAUUUAAUGUAAUCUGAGACAUAAAAAGUCCUUACCCUAUACCCAGUAUGAAAAAAGUUUUCCUUUUGUUGUUAUUUUAUUUUUAAAUGACAAGGUAUUGCUGAUUUAAAUUUAAUCAUGUUCAUUGUAAAAUAACAGAUAUAUUAUUAAGUACCAUAUAUGACACAAGGAAAUGCUUGUUAAAAUUAAAAUAAAUUAGCUUAUACCUGUACUCCAAUGUUCAUGUUACUUAUCCACUGUUCAGGAUACUUAUUGCUAUACCCAUACUGGUAUUUCAUUAUAUUUGCCAUUUUCUUUGUGCUUUAGACUGAAUAAAAUUACAUUCAAAUGAAGUUAGUGCAGUUUGAUCAGUGAUUAAACUUUAAAGUUUAAAAUGUAUUUUGCACCCAAAGUUAAUCAUAAAGUUUAAUAUUUCCAUUUUAUAGUCUUUUAAACUAUCACUUUUAAUAUUAAGAACUGACUCAUUUAUUGUUGUUUUUAGUAAAAAGAACUAAUGAAUUACUGGGUAAAUAACUAAAUUAUAGUGACCCAUACUGGCCAUACAUACAGAUUUGUCACCAUCCAGGGAACUUUAAAAAAUUCACUUACUCUGGCUUUGUCAUAGGAGUUUUCCUCCCUGUUUCUUUCCCCAAAAAACUGAUAUAUUUUUAUAUUUAAUGAUUUAUGUUUUCAUCUGACUGCUUCCUGUUACAUUAAGUUUGUUUGUUUACAGAUGGCAAGGCUAAGGGAACAAGCCAUAGCAGUGGCAACUUCUAUUACUCUGUUUGGCUUUUUCGGGUUUGCUAUUUAUCCUACCUCUCUUGAAAUGGCAGUUGAAUUAACAUAUCCUGUGGCAGAAGCUACCAGCACUGGGAUCAUUUUUCUAUCUGGGUAAUGUUUCACUUUUAUUACAGAUCAACACUUCAAUAUAAUUUCAUUUUUUUAGGCACUGGUAAUCAACUACCGGUACCGGUACAUUACUUAAUAUUGGUUCACAUAUCGGUAUUAAUUAUUAUUUAUCAGAAAUUUCACUUAUUGAGAGAACUCUAAAGAUGCUAGUUAUAGUCUUUAUUUAGCUUUAAAACAAUUAUAAAUAAAAACUUAAAUAAAAUGAAAAUAACAGUAUUAACAGCCAUCUAAGACUAUUUUGGUCUGAUAUUAUUGUUUUUUUAAUGUGCACCGGUACUAUAUCCAGAUGUUUCAAUAAUCUUUCUGUAUCAUGUGACGGUUGUAGUCAGAUUCAAGGCAUUGUCUUCAUGCUGUUAGCCCAAUAUACAGCACAGCCACUUUCAUCUCAUGCAGCUACAUUACCUAAGGCAUGCCCAAGUACUGGGGAAUUUGACCCUCAAGACUGGACAAGUAAGUUAUCAACAAAAGUUGAAAAAAGGAUGUUUUAAUUUUAUAGUCAGAGAAACAAUACUUAUUUUAAAGUAGACAUUGACCUGCUUGACAGCAGAGCUAUUUGAAUAAUGACAUAAUUCCACCUUUUAUUAACAUAAGCUAGGAGUUGAUCUGAUCUAAACUUUCUAUUCAUGGCACUUGAGUUUAGCUGAGAAUGUGAUAUAUAAUGACAGCAAAACCUGACUUAUUUUUUUUUAAAUUUAAUUUUAAAUUUUUAAUCAACAAUGGAUAUUUGAUUAUAGUCAUACAUUUCUUUAUUUAUUUUUGUUAUGGUACUUAGAAAAUCAUCAUUUUUAUUUGUUUUUUUUAUGUUGUUUUAGUUCCAAACCUAAUAAUUAAUGGAGUCGGUGUGUUGUAUUGCAUUGUAAUCACGCUCUUGUUUCGGGCCAAGUACCGACGUAUGGAGGAAGAAAUUCGGAUAAAAGCUGGAAAUACAUUACAAGGAAAGUUAGACAGCCCUGUAAAUUAUAUUUAAAAAAUAAAUUUUUUACAAAUACAAAUUCCAGUAUCAGUAAAAAUGGCUGUCAUCAUCUGAAUAGUGAAAGUUUUUAAAAAUGCAUAGUCCACCAGAAAAAUUUAUACACACUUCAGGAAGAUUAUAGUAUAAAUAUUUAUACAAAAUUUAUUGAGACACCAUUAGCCACAACUCAUUUGCACCUGCUUGAUCUUCAUGAGCAAUUUUACAUUCCUUAAAUGACAACUGUUCCCCAUCAUUUUGUCAUAGUUGUUUGCAUCACUUGUUGAUAUUAUAGCCAUGAAGACAGUUAUUAUAAGUACACUGUAACCCUUGGCACUAAUAACCAGGCACACCAAAUAUUAGACACCAACACUUUAUGAGCUUUUCUUUAUUCUGUGUAUCUGUCAUGCAGAUCCACCUGGUUAUCCUUAUGACUAACACAGUCGAUUCAAAACACAGGCGCUAUCACUCUGUAAUGUCUCAUGACUCUCUCUGUAAAUAAACUCUUUAUUCAACGUCCCUGAAUUCUCUUGAUCUCACGCCUUAUAUUCACACACUUGUUUAUUAAUAUAUUAUUAUACUAUUACUAUUCCUGUCAUCCAAUGACCAUUCAGACACAAUAAUACAACUCACGACACAACUCAGAAAUCAAAGUGUUCAUACAACAACAGUUAACAUUAUACUUAACUAUUAAAUAUGAAUUAAUCUGAUGAUGUUUGAAAAAAAUGUAUAUAAUUUUUUUCUCUUCCUUAGUGUGUAUAGCCUUUUCUGACAGACUGUAUAAUUUUAUGUGGUACAGAUGUUAAAAAUGUUAACAACUCAUCUUGUCUAUUGAUUUUCCACUAUCACCUAUGGUACACUUUUAGCAGUUAUGACUAAGCUGGCUGAUAUUUUGUUUAGUUAUUAUAAUGGCUGUGUUGAAAUCUAAGCAUUUUGAAUAGUGCCGUACCCAAGUCUGAUAAGAAAUCCUCCAGCUCCACUAUAAUCAACUUUAGCUUAUUAUUAUUAUUUUUUACUGAGAUUUAUUAUGCUGUGACAUUAUUAUGUACCGGUAUUGUAAUUGUACCAACUGAUUCCUAGAUGGCAGUUACAUUUACACAUAUACAUUUAAAUUCAUUGUGGCUUUUAAAAAGAAAUAAUUAAAUACAUUGCUAAACACGGAAUAUCCAGUGAAGUGUAGGAGUAUCACCUAAGCAAUGUUCAUAGCAUUUGAAAUACUUUGCUUACAAGGUUUGUACUGGGUAUAAGCUUAGAACGUAUUAUUUUUUUAAAUCUCUAAGUUGGAAAAAAACUUAAGACACUGAAUUUUUCAAUAGCAAACUUCAGCGGCAGAGAAACUCUAGAGAGGUCAUGCCAAAACAGUCAAUAUUUCUGUUAUCUAAGUUGGGGAACACAAGCACGUCACUACCCUGUUUAAUGUAAACAAAGUUAUUAGGACAGAAUGACAAUUCAAAAUCUAUUAUUUUAAUCCCCUAAACUAAAUUCCCUGCAAAAUUUUUCUAAAAAACCAGUCCUUCCUAAUGACAAACGCUCUCACCAAUGAAAUAUUUAAAAAAAUUUUGUUUGCUUUCCCGAGGUAUAGAAAAAGAAGCUGACAAGACAUUCCUGUUAGACUCCAUCUCCCUGUAAUCAAUAUAAACAGAGUGGGGCACACAUUGUCUUUGUUGAUUAUUUAUUUUAUUUUAAUUGAAAAGGUUAUUUUAGGACAGUCCUGCGGCCAUUAUAUUUGUCAUGUAAUUUUUAGGUGGAACAGAUUAUCUCCUUCACAUAAACUGAUAAUUUAUACUUUCUUGCUCAUCUGCUGACGCAGUCUUACAAAUAAUACCUUUGUCAUUUUCUCCUGUCCUAAGUCUCUAAUUUUGCCCCCACCUGCAUUUUUUUAAUGUGAUGCUUAUAUUAUUAUAAUGAAAUUUGAUGAAAAUCACUAUAUUCUUAGCAUUCAUAUGCAGACCUGUUUACCCUCAAACUCUUAAAAUCGUACAAUAUCAUCACAAAAUCAAUCAACACAUAUCUUUAUAGUAAAAUAAACAUCAGUAUAUAUGAUGUAUACACCUCAAAAUCGUACAUUGUACGCCAAAAUCGUACGAGUAAACAGGUCUGCAUAUGAUACUCAGCGUUUUGUUUCUCAUACCAUCGGAAAAAUUUUGAAUGCUUCAUUGUAAUCCCAAAGGGAAAAAAAUAGUACCUAUGCAAAAUGGCAGCUGUGUCUUUGAUUUCAUAUUGUAUUUAUUCUUUUUACAUUAAUAUUAAUUUGUUUAUGUGUUGACAUGUGCCUUUCAAACACUUGAUGGCCAAGCAUUCUGAAUGUAUUAAAAAAAACUUCAUCUUUUUGCACUCUUUUUUUGUUGUCUAAAAAAGAUACAAAAAGGUUUUUGGAAUGAUACAAAAAAGGAUAUACGUUCUUUAACCAGAUUUACAAUGAUUUUAAAAAUAAGAAGUGAUUGACAGUUUUAGAAGUGUUUUAAUAGAUAUUUUAUGAGAAAUAAAACAUUAAAAUCUGGAGUUGUUAAACUUUGUAUCUUGGUGAUAACAGGCAAAAAUGUAAGAUUAUUUGUAUUAACAGGUGCGGUCAUUGGUCAAGGUAAAGAGCUCAAAUUUUGAUUUUCAACAGCAAAAAGAGAAGCAGCACAGAGUUAGUACCAGUAUUUAAAUUGCCGUCAGUGUUAUUAUCCAGCGAAGAAAGAGAUGUGUUCUUGUUCUAUGAAAUACUUUUCAUGUAUUUGAUUAAAAUUUUAUGAUUUAUUGUACAGUUAAUGUACCGGUACCUUGAAAAAUUAAUAUUACCGUACUUACUUUACAUUAAAGCAAUUAAAACAUUAAUGUAUUCUGUGGUUGCUGUUCUUAAGGUCACCUGGUUAGACAUUUCAUAUAAUUUGACGGAAGAUUUUCUUGACAAAAUAAUAAACUUUAUGUACCGGUAUGGUACAUUUAAACUAAGUUUUAGCUUUAAAAGGGAUGUUCUUGCCUCCCUUUUUUUUUUCUAUACUAAAAAAAAUAUAUUAUUAGGAAAAGAAAGAGAAAAGAAACUAUCUUUUACUUUUAAAGUUAAAACUUAUUAUAUUCAAAAGUCCCGGGUACAUAAAGUUUAUUAUUUUGUCUAAUUUCUGUAUUUCCACUUGGGGUACGACAAAGAUUGGUAGGUUUAAAUUUGAUAAUGCUAAUUUCUUUUUACUAUCUUCCUUUUUUAUUUAAAGUUAUAAGUCCUAUUCAAAAUUGAACUACCAUCAAUUAAUGCAACCCAGUAGACUUAUUGAGAAAGUAAAGAAAAACUGUGCUACUUAAAGGUUUAAACAUCACAAAUGAUUUAGUUAUUAUAACCCUUUUCUGUUCUAUCCUAAAUAAGGUUUAAUGUCACUCGCUAGUCAUGACCAAUAUGUUAAAAGUAAUUAAUCUUGGAUAAGGUUUAACUGAUUUAAAUUCAAAUUAUUUCAAGAGAUUUUUAUACAAUUUAUUCAUAUAUAAUGUAAAAAUUAUUUAAUUUGUUAUUCAAUUUGUUUCAAUCGGCCUAAUGCUGAAUAAUGUAAACAUCUUUUGCAAUAAAUACCUG